AGAGGGACCGGAGAUCCGGUGAAGAAGAAGAAGAAAGAAGAAGAAGCCGGAGAACAUUCUUCCACUGUCAGUUGAAACUUACCUCAUUUGCCCUCAUUUCUCCCACUUCAUCGGCAGCUUAGAUCUGCACGGGUCGUCUUCUACAUACAUGGUUCUUGCUCGGUGGAGUAGGUUUUUCUCAUACGGUCGGGAGUAGUAAAAAAGAGAUUUGUUUGAGUUAGACUAACAAAAUGUAUCAACCAAAUGGGGUCUCUACUUCAAACAUGUUACCCAGCAACACUGUCGGCGUUCAAUCUUUAGACACUUGCCCGAACACAAUGGAUCCAAUCAGUGGUGGGGACAACCUCAACAACAAUAUGAGUCUUGCUUCAAAACAACGUCUCCGCUGGACAAAUGAACUUCAUGAGCGAUUUGUUGAUUCUGUGGCACAGCUUGGUGGACCGGAUAGGGCUACUCCUAAAGGUGUCCUGAGAGUUAUGGGCGUGCAAGGGCUGACAAUUUACCAUGUAAAGAGCCACUUACAGAAAUAUCGACUUGCUAAAUACCUUCCUGAAUCCUCCUCUGAUGGGAAAAAGGUUGACAAGAAAGAACCAAAGGAUAUGAUCUCGGGUUUAGAUGGCUCAUCUGGAUUGCAAAUUACUGAAGCACUAAAGCUGCAGAUGGAAGUGCAAAAGCGACUACAUGAACAACUAGAGGUCCAGCGCCAGCUACAGCUAAGGAUAGAGGCCCAAGGCAAGUACUUGAAGAAGAUAAUUGAAGAGCAGCAACGGCUAAGCGGAGUUCUCUCUGAAACGUCAGGUGGGCCCCACGAACCGAAUAAUGUUCCUGAUCCAUCAACCCCCGCCCCAACAUCCGAACCUCCCUGCGGCGAGAACAACAAGCUCGCAAAGUCUAUCGAUGAAUCGUCAUCAUCUCAUCACGAACCCCUAACCCCAGAUUCCGGUGGCCAUGAGAACUCUCCGGUCAGCUCCCCCACCGGAAAGAGGCCAUCAAAGAUGCUUAAGUUUGAUUCAGGCAUUGCCCUUGCCCAGUCCGACCCGUUACAGUUUGUAUGAGAGAGAAAGCCGGUCGACCGAAUACUGAAAUGUACUUAGCUGUUUAUCUCUUUGAACUAGAGUCUGUAUGUCUGAUCUCUUGAAAUUGCAUGAGUUUUUCUCAUCAGGUUUCUAAAACCCCUUGUGUUUAAAUCAUUAAAACCUGCAGGAGAUUGUAUUCACUGUUAUUGUUAACCACUAUUUAUUUGAACUUUGGUUUUAUUCAUCAAAUUGGUUUGUUUUAGCAUAUGUAAAUUAUUAGCCUCUGCUAAAAUAAAUAUUGAACUAAUGA